AGCACAUUCGCAGGUACGCUGACGGCUACACUCAAGUCUGGCGCUGGGCUAUCCCAGCUGUCGACUUAACAGCACAUGUCGAGAUCAACAACAUCAAUGAAAGGACAAUGGCCUAUGUAUGAGGCCGCUAUAGACGAGCAACAGCUGACGCCGUCACUGCUGCCACGAACGCAUAUGCCACCAACACGGACCAUGCACUGCUGGCUUCGUAAGUGUCGUUGCAUCGUCCCUGCGCGAUUUGCCGCCAACAGUAGCUGGAGUGCGGCGCAGACCGAAGCGUUCUACGGUGAUGGUAAUAAUGACAACUAUGUUGAAGAUGUCGAGAUGCUAUUCAGUGUUGUUCCUGUCUCACCGUUGCUGCAGCUAUUGUACUAUGGAACUAGCAUUCAAAGACCACCUUGUACCGCUGUAGAGUGGCGUGUAAUCGGUAUUGGAAAACUGCUACAACAAGCACCACCAGAGCAAAAAAGACAACUGCGUCCCAUCGUAGCAGACUCGGGCGAUCAUUUUGCUGACCGUAGUCGCUGCGCACCGUAUCGACGUAUACUUCUAUUCACUGCGACGAUAAAUAAAUCCAUUGUGCUGUUUACUAGGCUGUCAACGGCACUAGUGACAUACGUAAAUAUUGAUGAAAAAAAAACAAACAGAAAUGUACGAUAGGAUUAUUUGUAGUUAACCGAUUUAUAUGUUAUAUACAACUAAAUGCUAUAGUUACUGGACUAGAUACGGAGUUUAACACUUCACUGUUAUUGAAAUGUCUG